AUGAGCUGGACACCGCAAUCCUAUGAGUCCAUUGUACUUAAUGUCAGUAGCACCAAUGAACUUCUUCAUGCAAUUGAUGCUACUGAUGCUUUUGUACCGAAUGUACAGUCAACAAAAUGCAAUAUCGAAACGACGACAGCUUCUCCAUCAAUGGCGACGUUACGACCUUCAGUACUCAAGGAAGAACAGCGUCGAUCAAAGCACAAUGCUAGUGAACGUCGUCGGACGAACGCGUUAAAGACACGGAUAGAAGAGAUGCGAGAAGAGAUGAAAGCGCUGGAAAGACAGCGUUUGCGACUCAAGCGAGAAUCGUUUCUACAAAACCCAGCGCUAUUGGAUACGAUUACACUGAUUGACCAGUUGCGACAGGAACAACAGGAACUGCACAUGAAAGUGCGCGCCUACGACAUGCAGAACAGCACGUAUCAGACCAUUGUGUCGGAAUAUAGAGCUGAUUUGGCCUUUUCCGGGGUUGCAGACGUUCAUUAUGAAACGGAGAAUACGGACUCGGACAAGGAAAGGUUGACAGAAGCGCCGAUCUUUCAGCGCGUGCUUUUUCGUCGUCCCUUGUCACUUGAGGUUGUCAUGGCCUGUGUGAAGGAAAGUUAUGAAGCUAUCAUGGCGGUUCACGCGGAGCGUGUCUUUGAAUCGUUAGAUACGGAAGUGCUAGGAUGGAGUGAUAAACGAAUUUUAAACGACGGAUCACUCCGGUUUAUGCUGUCACAGAGGUUUGAGUACGUGACAUCGUCGGAGCUCGUGUACAAAACUUGGAAUCUGCUUACGGACCUUAAACUCUAUCGAAACAUGCAACCACGUACUGUGGCACUGGAGCUGCUUCAACGUGUGACGGAGGAUUGCGUUAUUGUGCGGCUGAGUGUAAGUAAUGGCGACAAGGUACAUCACUCAAUCUUGCUCAUUGCACGUGGUCGUAUUGAUGGUGGCUAUUUAAUCACGUACCGGUCGAUUCCACUCUCAGAAGGACAACGACAAUUUGUUUCGACAGAAAGCAGUUACGUCAAUCUCUUCAAUUGGUACAUGUUCCUGGAAAAGAUGACUCCUGCAGGUAUUCCAGCGUGUGAAGUAACCUUUGGUGGUGGUGUUGAGAAUCAAUCGAUUGAGUAUCUUCGCUAUCUUAUGAUGGAAGUUGUAGCUGGUGUUGUACGCUGGCAAACAGCAGUCGGACACAACAAAUUUCGUCUAACACCUAGUUAA